AUGUCAAAUAAAUCUAAAAAUUCUCCUACUGGCAUUCAAAAGAAAAAAGUCCGAAGACAUACUUUAGGGCGCAUUGAUGAUUUUAAUGUUGAAACAAAGGAUUUAGAUGAAGUAACUUCUCUGUUAUUAGACUCAUAUAAGACGUACAACGGAAGACAAUAUUUGAAUGCUGUUGAUUUCAAUUAUAUAUUACCAUCUGAUAAAUUAGAGUUUGCAAGAUUAACUUUGUCACAUAUUUUAAAGAAGCAUCUCUGGAAAGGAAAUUUUUGUUCGCCAAUUAAAGAAAAAUUGAAUAUGGGUGCUACUGUAAUAGAUAUUGGGUGUGGUGGAGGUUUUUGGUUGAUGGAAAUGGGUUUAGAAUAUCCUUCUUCUACUUUCAUAGGAAUUGAUAUUGAUUCCUCAAACUUUCCAUCACAUGAUCGAUGUCCAUCAAAUGUCUGUUUUCUUACUUGUAAUGCUGCUCAUGGUAUUCCAUUUCCUCCUGACACUUUUGAUUUUGUUCAUAUAAGUAUGAUGUGGUGUGCCUUUUCUGAACCUCAAUGGUUAAAGCUGAUCAAGGAUCUCAUUAGAGUUUUAAAAUACGAAGGUUGGAUUGAAUUCGUUAAUCCAAAUCUUCGUUCUAGAAAUCCCGGAAAGGCUGAACAAUUGAUAUUUGAGUCUGCUUCAAAAGCUUGUCUGGAGACGAAAAGUGUUAAUAUUUCUAUUUAUGAAAUGAUACCGAAAUAUCUUGAGGCAAUGGACGAACUUGAUGAGAUAAAUUGUCUUUCUAUAGAUUUUCCUGUAGGUGAACAGUUUGGUUGUUUUGGCAAAUUUGCGUUGGAAAAUAUUAAACGAGUAUAUGAAAGUAUCGUUUUUCUUCCAAAGUAUAUGGGAAUGUCUAGUGAGGAAUUUAACGACUUAUUGAAUGAAUUUUGUAAAGAAGUAAAUGAAAACAUACCUCCUUUUGAUAUUCAUAGGCAUUUUGCCAAAAAAGUUAAACUCAUUAAUUAA